AUGGCGCUUAAUUACGAAACAUUGAUACGUGCUGCUAGUAAAUCACCUGAGCAAAGAACAAUCACUGAAGUGAAUGAUUUCAUAGUUCCUUGGUUGAAACAAUCAUUGAAGAAGAAACAAGGAAUCUUUCAGAAAAUAUCCGAUGAGAUUAUCUAUGAUAUAUGUAAGACAAUUAUGUUGGAACGACGUCCAGCAUGGGAUGUUGUUAUACGACAAAAUGAUCCGGGUGAUACAUUCUAUAUUAUAUUGCAAGGUUCAGUGAACAUCUAUCGUCUUGACGAUGAGACACCAAAGUCAUUUGAAACAGAUGGCACUUUUGAGAUGGAUUUGACGAAAUUACACGACGACCCUGAGAAACGCGAAGAGUUCAUUGGGCAAACUUUUGGCAAUUAUAUUGUGACUUUAGUGGGUGGGUCUGAUUUUGGAGAACGUGCACUUAUCACAAAUGAACCGCGUAGCGCAACAGUAAUGACAACAUCACCUACCGAUCUCUUGGUUGUUGAUCGAGAAGUGUUUAAUCGAACAUUGAAAUCAGUCCAUGAAAAGGAAUUACAAGAAAAAACCGAAUUUAUCAAUCGUAGUCCUUUAUUUUCAUCAUGGUCAGCACGAUUGAAACGCCUGGUUAGUCUCAGUUUAGAACGGGGUAGAUUUGCAUAUGAUAGUGUCUUAUAUAAACAAGGUGCACCAGCCGAUGCAGUCUAUUUUAUUUGGAGUGGAGAAGUCAAAUUAAGUAUGGAUCCAUUGUUGCAUUGGGUACAGUAUCCACAUCUUCUACCACAAUCUGAUCCGAUGAAACAACGUGCAUUAGAAUUAUAUUUUCCAAUGUUACAAUUAUCUCGUCAAACACAUACGACGAGAAGUGAAAGCUUUUCGAUCAAACGUCGUUCAAUGACAUUUGCUGAAGCAGAAAAAGAGCGCGCCUAUCGUACUAUUCAAGUCGCCCUAUUGAAUGCAGGUGAUAUCAUUGGCCUAGAAUCAUUUGUUUGUGAUCUUUUAACACAUAUGAACUCAGCAAGAUGUACAGCACCAUGUGAUUUAUUUUACAUUUUAAAACACAAUUUUACUCGUUUACAAAAACGUCAUGCAACACAAGGACUGAGUGAACGACUGCGAGAAACUGUUCUUCUGACACUGCAAGCGUAUCCACCACGUAUUUUAAAUCUACCUCUAUUUACAUCGUUAAUGAAACGGCAGUUAGCACCCGUCAUCAAUGACGAACAGCAACAGUAUCAAAAUAAACAAUCAUGGCUGUUACGUUUUCAUAACAAUCAUUCUUAUCCGCAUAACCGGCGACUGAGAACUCCUUCGCCUCAUUAUCCAACGGCGAGUCAUACCUCGCCGGCACGUUCGAUCCGACCAGCAGCAUUGGGAACGGCAGCUGCAGUACAGUAUGUAACUCAUGAUCAUGUUCGCGUUAGCAAGAUUGAAGAUCGUCUCAAACAAUGGCAUGCACAACUUGGCGAAGAUUCGAAAACACAAAUCCGAGCGUUAACACGAUACAAUAUUGCACGACCGACUAGAAGUGCUCUGAUGCGAACAACAUCCCUCGACAUGCCGAAAACGUACUCUCGUUCUACAGGCGUUUCACCCAGUGUUUCGAAUUAUAAUAAUGAAAUGGUAGUUCCAAUCGAACUUCUUUCGGAUGCAGACGCAACGUUAAAUGAAUCUCUACCGACUUAUCCUUUGACAAUGUCUUCUCAAUCAACUCAGUUACCUCAGCUGCGAAUGUAUACUAGCCAGGAACGAUAUGAAGAUCUUCGAGCUUAUCUUAAACAAGCAUGGAAAGAGUUUCGUAAACGACCUAUUCCAACCGUCUAUUGA